AUGUACCUCUCUACCACUGCCGUUCUCGCCAUUGCUGCCAGCAUGGUGGCCGCCAAUCCCAUCGACGUCCGCGCCGCAAAUGUGGUCGACAACGUCUCUGGCCUCUACGACCAGAUUCGCGGGCACACUGCUGUCAUCAACAGCACUGUCGCCGGGAUCAACUCCAAGUCCACUUCUUCUCAGAAAGCCACCGCCAAGGCUCUCAUCUCUACCCAAACCAACAACAUCAUCGCCGCCAUUGAAGCCGCUAAGUCGGGCGCCGCUGGCGGCCAGGGGCUUCAGCUGUCUGCGGGCAACCAGCAGCAGAUCAUCAACGACAUGAGCCAGAUCGUCUUUGAGCUCCAAGGUGCCUAUGGCGGAAUCAACAAGCAGUUUGGUGACUCGUACGGCAACGGUCUUUUGCUCAACGUUUUUGGUCCUCUUAACGGACUCCUUCAGGAUCUCGGUGGUAUAGUCGUUGGCCUUGUCUCCAUCGUCGGUGGCGUUGUCGCUGGUGUGUUUGGUGCUGUCGGGGGUGUUCUUGGCCUGUUGCUCCAAAUCCUUUUCGGCUUUUCUACUCCCUUUGGCCACUAA